GAUAGUCUAGUAUUAAGCCUUAAAAUCAAAAUGGCGUAUUUCCAAUGACAAUAUAUGACUGUAAUUGAGAGAACUUAUUGGAAGAAUGUCUAUUAUUGUCGUAACUCUCUCUGUUUUCAUCUGUCAUAUCUCAAGUACUGACGUUAUGCUUCAAUAUGAGGCGAGUGAAGUCACUGGAGAUCAAAUGCCUGACCAGGUCAAUGUAACUUUUAGCACAGAAACAAAAUCUCUAACCAAACUUAAUCUCAGACGCUCGCGGCAUUUUAACCUCGAUAUUCCUUUGUAUACUUUGGACACCGACCAGGAAGGAAUUUUCCAUAGGCAUAAAGUGAAAACCAGACCCAAAAAGGAUCUAGGUUUCUACCAAGAUAUUACAAACAAGGCUGUUUUUCGCAUCCAAAGGUCUUCAGAGAAAUCGGCGUACAAGAAAUCUAAAUUUAAUUUGAAAGGGGAAUUUCUUUUGAACACCUCCAAAUGUCUCUUCGACUCAGAGAAAAAGACCUUAAAAAAGCCUUGGAGAAAUAUGCCCCCCAAACCGAUGUCGAAUUCUAGAUGGACUGCAUCUCCUAGACCACUUUUCAAUACAACAUUCGACCAAUAUGUUUAUACUUUAGAAAUACUGAAAACCACAACGUUUGAUUUGUUUGACCGCGUAAGAAUACAUCCGCCAAAAGAAAAAACUGUGAGAAUGAAUGCCAUCAACAUUAGAGACAUGCAUAUGAAUAACACGGGCCGUAAAUCUAACCAGUCAAAACUGAGGUCAGUCCCGCAAAGCAGACGUCGCCGGAACUCAGUGCAGGACUACUUCGUUGACGUGGUGGCGGUGAUUGACUACAAACGCUACUCCAUGUUCUUAGCACAAGCGAACUACAAUAACUUCGCGGCAAUGCAGAAUAUUCUAGAGUACUAUGCUUUUGUGUUUAGUGGGGCCGAUAUGCUGUAUGAAGGCAUCAAACAUCCAGAGUAUACGAUUCAUAUUCUUCUAAGUAAAGUAUACGUUCUUCAGACGGUCGCUUCUUCAAGUUUUAUAGACAGGCACGCUAGUGACGAUGAGAUCUAUGGAGACACAGCGUUACCUGAUCUACGAGCAUUUAUUAUAGGCGCUGGGCGGAGCAUCGUUGGCAUUUAUGAUCACGUGAUGUUGUUUACCGGUUAUGACCUCUAUACAUUGGACAAUAACAAUGAUAAACAAAAUACCUUAGGGAUUGCUUAUAAUAACGAAAUGUGCCUAACAAACGGAGGAAGCUCUUCUAUGAUAGAAGAUCGCGAAGGCUAUUCUACCUAUACUAUAGAUACGGUAGCACAUGAACUGGCUCAUGGCCUCUCAGCACGUCACGACGGAGAAAACAAUCUCUGCAACCCUUCAGAGAGAUACAUUAUGGGUUCUCCUGAUGCGGAAAAAGAGCCUGGGACAGAGUAUAAUCCAUGGCUGUUCUCUCCCUGCAGUGUCAGUUACUUUACCAGCUUUUUGAAGGAAAAGUUGAAAUCCAGUCGAGGUUACACCUGUCUUGUCUACGCUAUCGAAGCAUCAGCAGACAUUCCAGAUGUAUCUGAUAAACUAUUGGGUCAGGUGAUCAAACCUGAUCAACAGUGUCAACAGUUUUAUGGAAAUGAUUCCUUCUUUUGUAGGGCUUCCGAACCUAAACGCUCUUUCUCUGAAAUCUGCCAGAAAAUGUAUUGUGCAGAUGUUUCAAUACAGGUUUGUAUACCUCAGAUAGCACUCAUCGGAACAUCUUGUGGCGAUGGAAAGGUCUGCAUAAAUGGACAAUGUGUCAGCGACCCAUACGCUCCUCAACUUGAUGAAAACUGUGCAUUUGGAGACAGACCGGACAACUCUUGCUAUGGGUAUAUCAAAGAAUUUAUAGGCAAAUGCUAUACUAGUAUUGACUAUCAAUCAUGUUGUGACUUAUGUAACAAUGUGUCUAGGCCCGUGAAAGGCUGUGAAUACGGAGACAGAAUCAUCGAUUGUACACAAGAUCACUGCUUGAAUUCUCAAGUGGAUUGCUGCGGCACGUGUAACUAUGGCACCCCCUUUACCCCAACGUACAGCACCAGAAGAAACACACCUAAAAGAUCCACGACAGUAAAUCCCCUUGUGCUAUUCACUUCAAUUAAAGGAUGUGAACCAGGGGAUCAAGACUUGAGACCAGAACUGUGCACUAACUUAAGCGUCUGCCUGAUACAGCCAGCACAGUGCUGUCACUACUGCUCAUUCUAUUUCACGUAUGCAACUACAAGUACCACGACUGUGACAGAGUGUGUACUAGGAGAACCAGAUUUAUAUCCAGAGCUGUGUACUAGCCCAAGUAUCUGCCAGACACAACCAUUGAUGUGCUGUGAAUAUUGUUCUUCUGCCAGCCGUCUCUCAUUAUACACUAUUUGGAUAGAGAUCUAUAUUAUUCGAUAUCGUUGUUUUUUGCAUUGCGUUCUAUUAUUAUAUGUCUAUUAGGUAGAUAAAGUACAAAUGUCUAUUAGGAAGACAAAUUACACAUGUCUAUUAGGUAGCUAAAGUAGAAAUGACUAUUAGGUAGAUUAAGUACUUAGUAGCCCUAGUAGGUCUACUCCACUGAAAUCCCCUUGUUCGAUAUUUUACUAGAUUCUAGAUUAUAUAGAAUAUAGAUAUAUACUACAAGUUAGUUUUAGUUUUUGUCCCCACAACGAUAUCAAUCAUAAUGAAGCAAUCAUUGGUGUACUGUGCAUGAAAUAAUUGUAGUUUUAUAGAUCUAGACCUCUAAUAAAACGUGGCUUUGAUAAUUGAGGUAAUUGAUAAUUUGCAUGCUUUUGGACGUCCUCUUCUAAUACUGGAUCUUAAGAUAAAUUGUGUUGCUAGUUUGUUUUUUUCAUUAAACGAUUUCAAAUUCUUUAUAUAAUGUGUUGCCUUUUCCAUUUAUAAGUUAUUCUACAGUUACUACACUUGUAACGACUUGUUUGUUUUGUUUCUUUUAGUGUAAAUGAACUUUCCAAUUUAAUUUUUUAAAGCAUUGAUUCUGAUUUGCCUUUUAAUUUAUUUAUAAAUCUAUAAAGAAAACUUAACUAGACCCAACACCGGAUGGCUCUCUCUGCACUAGAUGUGUGGAAAAAUAUACAGGUUGUGACUGGGUUUGAGUAGUCAUGUGAAACACUGCAUUCAUUUAAAUCUUGGAAAUUGAAGGCAUUGACAUUCAUUGUAUAUCAUUUGUCUUCAGUGUAAUUAUUAUAGGAUUGUUUCCACAGAAUUUUAAAAUUUGUUAUGUUGUCUUCUUCAUCAUCAAUUACACCUUAAUAAUGUUGAUUCAACUAUAUUGUUUCUGUAAGCAAGUACUCUAUAAUUAAUGUUUAAACAAAACAGUGUAUGAUGCUGGCAAAUGCUUGUUACUGCAGA